CGCAGCUGCGGCAGCGUCUAGCAACUUUGACGUCAAAAGAUAUGGAACGGUUAAGUCGAUACUUUAAAGUUACCCAUCGCUAGGACCUGUUUGUACCGAAGGUUGGUGUGUGAACAGCCGGGGGACAUGACUGACCUGUACGUUUCAUUGGCGGUGUUGGCAGCUGCGGUGCUUCUCAGCGAGGCUGUCCGGCGGACAGCAGCGCGUCUUUCCCCCGGAGUCCAUCGGGUCUACCUCCUCGAAGCGGCGUCCACCUUCCAGCUCUGUUGCUGCACUCAUGAACUCAAAUUGCUGGGUGAAAGGGCCCGGCUGGGGCUGCCGGUCGGCCUGACCCUCACAUACACAAUGACGGUUAUCCACUUAUUAACUUUCCGGGAAGCGACGUGCAACCCCAGCGGGGCUCUGGAGGGCUUUUUCCGCGGGACUAGCAGCACCAGGGCGGCCACCGUCGUUAUAGCCUGCCAGUUCGGAGCUGCGGUCGCCGCGCAGUUUUUCGCAUCCUCCGUUUGGUCGCUGGGUCUUUCCGACAUCCACAUCGCGCACCAGAGGUUCGGGUUCCGAUGCUUCGACCCCCUCGGUGGGACUCUGCUGGAGGCCGCGGCCGUUGAGCUGGGCUGCGCCUUCAUGGUCCAAGCGGCCGCCAUGCACGUCCACAAACUGGACCAAAAACUUCGAGCUCACUUCGUCGCUGCUGUCAUCACGGCUGUGAUUUACACAGGUGGAAGUAUUUCAGGAGCUGUUUUUAACCCUGUCCUGGCCUUCUCCGUCCAGUUCCCCUGCAGCGGCCACACCUACCUGGAGUACUGCUUUGUCUACUGGCUGGGACCAGUCUUAGGCGUGGUGAGCUGCAUCCUGCUAUUCGAGAAGAUCAUUCCUUUCCUCUCUGGAAAGAGUAACAUUGGGCUGGACAUCCCAGCUGUCCAGAAGCAGAAGAAGACACAGUAGCAGCAGUGACGUUACGUGAGGACUGGCCAAGUUUUGUGUCUUAAGCUUUUUAUUCUUAUUCUUAUUAAGUCUGGGUGGAUAAUACCAGUAUACAUUUUAACACAAAAAGUUUUACUACACAUAUUAUUAUUAUUAUUAUUAUUAUUAUUAUUAUUAUUAUUAUUAUUAUUAUUAUCAUAGCACAAUCAGGCCUAUGACUUCUGGGAGGUUACAACAAAGCUGUAAUUGAACAGACAGCAGGCAAACUCAUCAGUGGGUUCAGCUCUUCAUGUGCAAAUUUACACAUAAAAGUGCUUAAAAGUAGGGUUGGGUAUCGUUUUUUGUUUUUUUUCGAUACAGGUGCUAAAUCAAUACUUUUAAAACGGUGCUGGUGCCUGAACCAGUGCCUGAACCAGUGCCUGAACUGAACUAUAUAUAUAAUAUAUUUAUAAUGUAUAUAAUAUAAAAUAUAAAAAAGAGCACAAAACGACGCAGUAAAAGAACUGCUUGUUUAUUGCUAAUCAUGUAAUGACAACAACUUAUAACAAUAACUUAUUUCACCAGUAAAUUGCUGGUAAACGACAAAAACAAGCACCAGAUGGGAAAAGGGUAUUUAACAAUAACUGUGUGUCUGUGUGUUGUUUUUCCGACAACGGCAACUGCAGUCAGACUGUUACGUCUCAGUGUUUGAAUCCUCUACAGGGAAAUACAGUCACGAAAUUUUCGUGACUGUUGUUACUAUCAUUUACGUUGGAACCGUUUCGGUACCCAACCCUACUUACAAGUCAUAUAAAAAAAAAAAGAUCUGUAUAAUUACAGAACUUUUUAAGUUCUUCCAACAU